AUGCAGCUCAUUGCUUCGCAUGGUUGGUCACUGAACAUUGCUGACGUGGAGGGCGCCUUCUUGCGUGGUGAUGCGCUAAGUCCUACAAGAGGCCGCCUGUUCAUUGAUCUUCCACCAGGCGGAGUUCCAGGAGUUGCUGAAGGAAGUUUGAUUGAAGCGGUCAAGACUGUAUAUGGGCUAGCUGACGCUCCGAAGGCCUGGUGGAAUUGCUUUUCAGCUAAGUUAGCGUCAUUGGGAACGAGGGCUUCCAAGUUUGAUCCGUGCCUUUUCUACUACUAUCAUAACUGCAAGCUGGGUGGUGUUGUGUCCUUGCAUGUUGACGAUCUCUGCUUAGGCGGAAACAAACACUUCCAUGAGCAUGUUGUGAAGCCUCUGAAAGACAUGUUCCCUUUCAAACAUUGGAAGGUAGGCAGCGGUGAGUUCUUGGGUAAACAGCUGAAGCAACAAGCCGACGGCAGCAUUACCAUCAGUCAGAAGUCAUAUGCACAACAACAAAAGGGUCUGGAGAUUUCUCCAGAGCGGCGACGUGAAAAGCAUGAGCUCAUCACCGAAGAGGAACGACAACAGAUGAGAGGCGUGUUGGGUAGCAUCAACUGGUUGGUAACGGGAAGCAGACCCGAUCUUGGUGCUUGGUGUUCGUUACUCCAACAACGUGUCAACUCGGCAACAGUCGCUGAUCUUAUCGAGGUGAACAAGCUUGUUUGUUUGACUCAUGACAACUGCAGUGCACAUGUGUGGAUCAGGAGUAUUCCAGUAUCGGAUGUGCAGUUUGUCAUGUUGUCAGAUGCUGCGUGGGCAAAUGCUCAAGGGCUAUGUAGCCAAGCUGGCUAUAUGAUAGACAGCCACUGGAGCAACCAACUGCCUAUCACUGCUGUAAUCGACUGCAAGCCGGUGUACGAUCACACGCAGAGCUCAACGGUGGCAGUCAAGGACAAGCGCAUGGCAAUCGAGAUGCUUCUUGUAAAGUCAGACAUGGCAAAGCAUCAAGUCAGCCUACGCUGGAUGGCCACCAAGCAAAUGAUUGUAGACGUGCUGACGAAGAAGGGA